AUUUUUAUGUUUUUAACAUCGGAUCGGCACAACUGGGAGUGCAUUAGUGGAAGAGCGGCGUGGCUGAGGGUGUAGACAAUUAAUUCUUUCGUGUGCGUGCGAUUUUAAGGCGUGCAGGUGUUGGCCGAAGGAACCAAAUACCUUGUGGGCUGUUAUUUUUUUUUUGUUGUUUUUUUUUUCUCUGUGCGAAGUAUUUGAGAGGCCGAGACACGGAGCGCACAUUCCUGGGCGCAGGGCGUGGUGCUCCAGAUUUGUUUACAUUGCGAGCACCAUGGACCACAACGACAAGGCACCGCUCACUGUUAUUGACAAGUUGCGCCGUUUUUGUUACAUCGGCAAGCACGACGAGCCCGUCUAUGUGCCCACAACUUUUGAUCUCACCGCGAAGUUCAUUUACGAGGGGCUGCACAGCCUGUGUCGUGAGGCUAGCGGGUCCGAGAUGCUGGACUGCUUGAGCAGCGUGCUGGCCGCGUCCAAUGCUGAGCAUUUGCCGCGCACCGAUGAGUCGAUGCUCGUCCUGGCCGUCUAUCUGUCAAGUAAGAAGGAUGAAAAGGAGCGCACCCUUGUGCGCGCCCAUUUCCCGAGUCUGGUGCGCGCUGACCAUGAUCUGUUCCUGUUCGUGAAGCUUACAAAGGAAAUACAGAAGCUGCGCAAUCUUCGCUCUCCCCUCAGUCACACCGUCUGCAAGGCUGUCAUCGCUUGGUACAGGGAGCAGCCGCUCGAUCGUCUGCUGCACAUGUGGUCUGUGGCCAGCGAAGCGGUCCGCGAGGAGCAUCGCAGUUUGCUAUAUCGCUGCCACUACACAGACAAGGAGUUCGAUGCACAAAUUAAGGCGGCACUGAGUCUGUUCUUUACACGCCCAGCGGACAUUCUCAAAUGGCCCACCGCUCUGAGUCCUGUGAUGUCCUGCAAAAGCAUCAUUAUGGGCAUUGCGAAAGUGCGUCUUGUAAACAGUGCAAAGGACGCACUUCCUUUAAUAAGCGAACAUUCUCUAAGUUACGAGCAUGUACCCAGAAAUGUGGUCAAAAGCUCUGAACUGGUCACCGCUCUGCUGCCUACAAUGAGCUACGAACACCUGUUCCAUAGCUUUCCGAAAUUUAGGCGUUUUUACAUGCCUCAUAAGUUCACGAAUUCGGACUACGUGCGCCAGUUGUUCGAUGAGGCCAAACUGCGUGCCAGCAAUAUGCAGCCCAUUCGCUUUCUGCUGAAGGGAAAACGCGAGGCUAAUGCCAAAUGGCUGCGUGGUGUAAACAGGCCGCCCUGCUCCAGGACACACAACCUAAUGCAGAGUCUAUUAAAAAAAUCGUUUGGGCUCAACAAACCGCUUGGCCUGCGCAUCCAUGUGACGCUCAAUCUGGAGUCUACCUAUUUAAGAAAAUCUCUUAAUGGACGCUGGCGCUCCAUUGGCUAUCUCGAUACUAUCGUUGCACUGUCCUUUGGCUACUACAAGUCCGAGGAGCAAGUGGAUGUUCACUACUGGGCUAACAAAGAAGGGCAACUCAAAAAGUUAAACUGGACCAAGGAGAUGUCUAUGGACGAGGCCAAAGACGAUUGUGAGGCAGUGGAGGUUUCUAAAUCGAAGCAGUCGCUACUGAGCAUCCUGGAUAGUGCGUUGAUGGAUAAGAACAACACUUACGAUUUAUUUCUUGUGCUUGUGCCGGCUGCCACACGCGGUAAUCCGCACAAUAGUGCGAACGAGCUGGUGGAUAAGCUAGAUAAGUAUCGCGAUGUGUUCCAUGUGGAUUCGAAGUUUGUUAUUGUGAGCCUACGUCAGCAGCAUGGUUCCAUGAAAUACGGAAAUAAAAGGAGGGAAAACAUAUUAGAGCUGUGCAACCUCAGCGAAUUGACGCCAAAUAUUAUAAACGCGUUUGCACUCGGCAAAUUUCAGUAAAAAAGAAAAAGGGGAGCCUUUAACAACCCUAAGGGCGACAACAAACCAGUGUCAGGUACACAUCUUAAAUACUAUGCAGGCACAUCUUUCGUGUAUUCAUCCAUCCAUCCAUCCAUCUCCCACAAUCAUUUCACGCAUCUCAUCCUCAUCGCGUUAGCAUAUUUUUCUAUAUUUUUGUCUGAACGUUAGAAUAACGUUUGUUGCUCUCCCCUUCCCAAAGUUUUGAAUACCUACACGCUGGUUGUUACUAGCUACUCUAGCCUUUUAAGUAUUUGACAGCAUGAGCUGCAAUUUAAAUAAGACGCGGCCGCUGCUCUUAAAACAAUUCCAAAAAAAAAAAAAUUGAAUUAACUCUAACAUAAACGUUUCUAGUUUAUAAGCUGAUUAGCGGAGAACCAUAAACAGCAAUCAGACACACACACAUACACACACACACAUACACACACUAUAUACACAGAAUCUAAAGACGCUCACAAUCAUAAUACACAUUGAAAUAUUUACAAACGCUCAUUUUGUAAAGAUUUGUACUCUGUGUGUAAAUUGUAUUCUCAAUUGUAUUUGUAUUAGU